AUGGCAGAGGAGCUUGUCUUGAGUACACCUUCGACACUCGCGCCUAAAACACUCUGCUUUCACGGUGCUCUGGCCUGGACCAUACAAAUAUUUCUUAUUGUUUUUCUUGUGGCUCUCAUAGCCUAUAUUCUGCGCAAAAUUAUACAAGGUCCAUUUUAUCGCAAACGUAAUCGCAUCGACGACAAAGUCGUCAUCAUUACUGGUUGCAAUGCGGGUAUUGGCAAAGAGAUCGCAUUGGAGCUGGCUCGACGCGGAGCACGCAUUUACAUGGCCUGCUGCGAUGCUGCGCUUUGCGAGGCUGUGCGUCUGGAGAUCAUCGACAGCACCGGCAAUCAGCAAGUCUACAAUCGUGCGCUGGAUCUGGCUUCCCUGGAGUCUGUGCGUCAAUUCACCGCACGGUUUACGGCGGAGGAACAGCGUUUAGAUAUUUUGGUGAAUAAUGCGAAUGUUAUGACGAAUUCUCGUUCACUUACGGCCGAUGGUUUUGAGUAUCAAUUUGGUGUCAACCAUUUGGGGCAUUUCUUACUGACAAAUCUAUUGCUGGACUGCUUGAAGGCUGCAGCACCAAGCCGCGUGAUCGUAAUAAGCUCCUUCAUGCACCUCUUUGGGCGCAUCAAUAAAGACGAUCUGAACAGCGAGCUGCGUUAUUCGAAAUUCUUUGGUUCCUUUAGCAAUAGUAAAUUGGCUAAUAUUCUCUUCACGCGCAAACUAUCGAAAAUACUGGAUGGUACGAGCGUAACGGUGAAUAGCUGUAAUCCCGGCAUCGUGCGCACUAAAUUCAUGUUUCAAAAUCAAAAACCGGCAUGGCUGUGGUUCAUUCUGGAUAAACUUUUCAGCCCAGUGGCUCGCACACCUCGAGCUGGUGCACAGACUGCGCUGCGCUUGGCAUUGGAUCCCAAAUUAGAACGGUCAACUGGCGGCUAUUAUUCUUACUACAUUCAAUGGCCACUGCCACCAUGGGCCACAGAUAAAAAGAUGACCGAUUGGUUGUGGCGCGAGAGUGAGAAGAUGGUGGAAAUGCCCAAUAGUGACCGCAUUGAAACAAUCGCAGUGUGA